AUGAACGCUAAGCUCCUUAUCAUCCUUGGUCUGGCUGCUGUCGUUGCAGCUGACAGCCGUGAGUCCUACGAAUACCUCGCGCCUCAGCGUUCCAAUGAAGAUUCUGCUGAGUCCUACGAAUACCUGCCGCCUCAGCAUCCCAAUGAAGCUUCUGCUGAGUCCUACGAAUCCUCUGAAGCCAAGUACAGCUUCAACUGGGCCGUGAGUGAUGACUCUUCAAGCAACGAGUUCGGACACCAGGAGGCCCGUGACGGCGACCACACUCAGGGAUCCUACUACGUACAGCUUCCCGACGGCCGCCUGCAGACCGUCAAGUACUUCGUGGACGGCGACUCUGGCUACGUGGCCGAAGUCAAUUAUGUAGGCGAAGCUAGUUAUCCCGACUCCUACGAGUCCUUUGAGUCUGAGUCCUUUGAGUCAGCUGAGUCCCGCGAAUACAGACCUCCCAGGCCUCAGUACGUCUACGACUCCAACGAGUCUAAGUAAAUCUUUAUCAGAGUAUUUAUUCUGAUAUGACUGCACGAUCUAUUUAUCUUCUCUAUUUAUCAGUGUAAAGAAGAAAAAAAUAAACAAGUAUUAUGC